GAAGCAAACAAUGGGAUGAUCAUUCUGAUAUGAGAGCACAUCCCCCUCCUUUUUCAUUUAAAAUACCCUCUUGCAGAGUGUUACAGAGAAGGCCAAAGGCAUUACAAGUAAAGGCAGAAGAAGAAAAUUAGAAUCAAAAACAAGAAUGAGAAGGAGAGAGUCAAUGAUCUCAAAGGAACACAAAAGAGCUGCAGCCCUGCAUGAGAAACUGCAAUUACUUCGCUCCAUCACCAACUCUCAUGCAGAGAAUGAUACUGCAAUCAUAAUCCACGCUUCCAAAUACAUUGGAGAGUUGAAGCAGAAGGUGGAUAGACUAAACCAAGAUAUCAUAAACACUCCACAAAGUUCAAACAUCCAAGACUCACUUCCUACGGUCACUGUGGAAACCCUGGAAAAAGGAUUUCUAGUAAAUGUGUAUUCAGCAAAGAGUUGCCCAGGUUUGCUGGUUUCAGUACUGGAAGUUUUUGAAGAGCUGAAUCUUACUGUUGUUCAAGCUAGGGCUUCUUGUACAGAGAAUUUUCAAUUGGAAGCCAUCAGUAUGGAAGGUGACGAAAAUGUUGGAGAAAUUGUUGAUGCUCAGGUAGUAAGGCGAGCGGUAUUGCAAGCAAUCAUGCAUCUAAAUACAAAUAUUACGGAUGAUUAGCAAGACCAGUUUAUUAUUAAUUACUUGCAAUAUUAGCUUAUUAUGUCCUUUUACCCUCAUUUUCCAUGAAGUUAUGUAAUUAUUUUGUGGGUAAAAAUUUUUGUAUGGACUUUAAUUUACUAUUUUGCUCACAAACGUAAUCAAAGAUUUCACGUGAGCUAAUGUCAAACGUCUUGCCAUUCUUUCUCCAAUGUUAUGAUGAUUGCUAUAAAAGUUCACUAUUCUCUAUUGUUACCUUAAACAAAACAAGUAUCAUUGUAAUGGUAUGAUAGUAGGAGACAAAUAUUCGAUACUCAUAGUCUCAUACCCUCUCCAAAGUGUUAUAAU